GGACGGGCAACACGGAGGACUGAAGAAACUCCUUCUGCACACCAGAGACAUGGUUCAGUCCACGGCGAGGACAGACUGAGAUCAGACGGAUCGAUCGGAGGAAGGACAAAUGAAGGAAACGUCGGUGAGCCGGUGAGGAACCUGAACCCAUCCAGCCCCGACAGAAAUAGCCUUCAGAGGUUCAUCAUGGGAUUGAGCCAAAUCUCCACUCCAGACAUCGGUUUGGUGGCGUCGGCGAGCAACCAUCCCAACACCUCCGGCACCUUGCCCACCUCGUCCGUCCCGCCGUCGUCCUGCAGCAUCGACGAAUCCUACAAGUACGUCUUCCUGCCUGUCUGCUACUCGCUGACCUUCCUCUUCAGCCUCACCCUCAACUCGGUGGUGCUGCUGCGCUCCUGCCGCCACCACAGCGGCUGCUGCGGCAGCGGUGCUGGGCGGCGCUGGAACACCUCACUGAUCUACAUGGUGAACCUGGCCACCACCGACCUGAUGUACGGUCUGUCGCUGCCCUUCCUGGUGGCGAGUUACAUGCUGAGGGACCGAUGGGUGUUCGGGGACUUCAUGUGCCGCCUCGUCCGCUUCCUCUUCUACUUCAACCUCUACUGCUCCAUCUUCUUCCUCACCUGCAUCUCCGUGCACAGGUACCUGGGGAUCUGCCACCCGAUGAGGACCAUCACUCUGGAGAGCAAGCGGGUGGUGAAGUGGACCUGUGCGCUGGUGUGGGUGGUGGUCUUCGUCCUCACCUGCCCCAUCUUCCGGUUCGCCCAGACGGGAUACGUCCAGCGAGGAGGCGGCGGGGUCGUCGGUCCCGGAGGAGCGAGAGAAGGCGGGAACACUACGGUGUCUCAGUCGGAGGACGACGGCGGGUACACGAACUGCUGGGACGACGCCAUCGACGAGGAGUUCGCCGACUACGUCCCGUACGGCAUCGUUCUCCACCUGCUGGGCUUCUUCGUGCCCUUCGUCAUCAUCGCCUGGUGCUACUCUCAGGUGGUCCGGACGAUAUUUCAGACGCUGCGCUCGCCUCCCAGUUCGCUCGAGGGCGGGGAGGACGGCCCGGUGAGAGACGGGCCGACGGAGGGAGCCAGAGACCGAGAGAGAACCUCGGUCUCCAUCUCCGGGUCGCAGUACUCGCACUACAUCCGGCGGCGACGGAAAUCCAUCAAGACCAUCGUGACCAUCACGCUGCUGUUCGCGCUCUGCUUCCUGCCCUUCCACGUGACCCGGACGCUGUUCCUGCUCCUGCGGCGGGGGCAGCUGGGCAGCUGCAACAUCAUGAAGACCAUCUCCAUCUGCUACAAGGUCACGCGGCCGCUGGCGUCCUGCAAUGCCUGGCUCAACGCCCUCCUGUACUUCCUGACGGGGGACAAGGGCGCCCCCUGCUGCUGCUGCUGGCCGGCAGAACACAGCGUCCGCCGGGACCACCGGGGCGGCUCCCUCUGGUGGCCGCUGAAGAUCCUGAAGAAAGACGGAGCGGGAGAGGACGACCAGGAGGCAGCGGAGAAGAUGGAAAGGGUGGUGCACGUGGAGAACGAGUCCAAGUCCUCGAGGGUCAUCGUCUAGAAGGUUCCUUCAUAAAGUGAAAGAAUCCUGCAGUUGAACAGGAAGUUGCUUGAUUUCAGUGACGGGGAACGUGACACCGGGACGUCGAUCCGUCCAAUUCAGAGCAAAUUUUAAACAAGUUUCCAGACAAUCUGCAAAAAUAAAACCUGACUGAAGUCUUGUUUCAGUCCACUGCUGUUGUAUUAGUAUCAUACAUAUAAACAGCUGGUCGGUGCCAUUCAACCGCCACAGAAGAAGAAGGGAUUAAAGGAGUCUUUCAUGUAUUUAUGUGAGGAAGGCUCAUCAAUCGCAUCGCACUUUUUUUGUGAUAUUUAUUUUUUUUUGCAUUUUUCUUGACGUAAACAUACUUAAUGAAACAUCAACAAUACCAACAAGCAGAGAAACUUCUCAGUAAAAUCAUUUUAAAAUUCCACAAAAGAAUUAAAUUCAUUUUCAUUGUUUCAACAUUUUAAAUGUGAGCGGACUUUUGAUAUCACAUUUAAUUCGUUGGUUCUUUGUUGUUCUCCUGAUUUAGUUAUUUGUACCUUUGAACUCAGACCUCAUGUAGUAAUUAUUUUUCCAAUCAUUUUUUAUAUUUUCUUUUUUUUUUCCACCUUCAUUUGACAGAAGAACUGUGUAGAAAUGGGAGAAAGGUGUGACAUGAACUCUGUUAUGUGGCUUCUUACCGAGGCCCUUUUAAAUCAUAUUCAUAAUCUUUAAUAUAUUAAAAAAAUAUCAAAUAAACAAGAGCUGAUGGGCGACAUCUUCACAUGUUUUUGUCCGACCAGCACGACAGAACCCCCGAAGACGUUCAGUUUACUGAUGCAAAACAUCACAUCUCACAAUGUUUGUAUUCUCAGCUCAUUAAAGUUCAUCUGUUCAUUGAUUCAUUCUGUCCACCUGAGAGGCUUAAAGGGGAACAUUGUGAUGAAUGUUGGUGUCGCUCCCCUUUAAAUGUUGAGCACUGAACGGCAGCCAUGUUACUGUCUAAAUGUAUUCCCUCAUGUGAUGAUGUCGUUGUUGUUGAGCUCAGGUCAGCCUGUGAUGUCAGACCUCUUUUUUUUUUUGUGUAUUUUGACGUUUUGUGGUGAAAUAUCUGGUGACGUCCGAUGACGUCAGCUGUCUUUGGCCUCGUUCAUGUUUAACGCAACAGAUCUGCUCUCUCACUGAUUAAUCACAAAUAUGUAUACCGCCCGCACGCACGCACACCCUGUGUAGAAACUAAACAUCGCUGACCGUCUGCAGUCAUGAUAACAGCUCUGUGAGCAGAGAUGGGCAAAGAUACAUCAAAAUGUAUUUUGAUGCAAAAUACAAAAUACCCCUCAAAUAAAUGUAUUAAAA